ACAGGAAGUGCUGGACUGUUACGCGAGCGGGUGUAUAAUCAUGGCUGGAUGAGAGGAAAGUUGUUGUCAGUGAGAGAGACAGCUUGAAGGAGAAUUGAUUUGUGCGGAUUUUAAAGGAUUGCGUUAAAAAGUUGCUUUGCGCCUCGACAUGUUUGCUUUGGUGAAAGUGAAGCAGGCUGCAUGCGGAGCGGGACGCCAGGGUUUCAGUGUGAGGAGUUUGAGGAGACUGAGGGCGUUCAGCACAGCACCCCCGUCCUCUGAACAUGGAGAGGAGGGAAACGACGUGUACGAUAUCGUCAUAUCGGGCGGAGGAAUGGUGGGGACUGCUAUGGCUUGCUCGCUAGGCUCCGAUCCGAAUUUACAAGGCAGAAAGAUUCUUUUACUGGAAGCUGGCCCCAAGAAAGAGAUGGAUAAGGUGCCAGAGGUUUACAGCACACGGGUCAGCUCUAUCAGCCCGGGCUCAGCAUCACUCCUCAGUGGUCUUGGAGCUUGGGAUCAUAUCGUCAAGCUGAGAUGCAAACCCUAUCAAAAAAUGCAGGUUUGGGAUGCUUGUUCUGAUGCUUUGAUCACCUUCGAUAAAGAGAAUCUGCAGGACGAGAUGGCAUACGUUGUAGAGAACGAUGUCAUUGUGGCCGCACUUACCAAGCAGCUUCAGACACUCUCUGAUCAAGUUGAAGUGCAGUACAGAACCAAGGUGGUGCAGUACACCUGGCCCAGGCCUUUCCAGGUGGCUGAAUCCAUCCCUUGGGUCCAGGUGUCAUUAGCCAAUGGGCGCACCUUGCAAACCAAGCUGCUGAUUGGCGCUGAUGGACCCAACUCCAUGGUACGAAGAAAGGCAGGGAUUCCCACUGUCAAGUGGAAUUACGACCAGUCAGCUGUAGUGGCCGUUUUACAUUUAUCCGAGCCUACUGAAAACAAUGUGGCAUGGCAGAGGUUCCUCCCAACCGGGCCAAUUGCAAUGCUGCCGUUGUCGAACACAGAGAGCUCCCUGGUUUGGUCUACUAGUCAUCACCAUGCAGAGGAGCUCCUUCAGAAGGAUGAAGAGAGUUUUGUGGAUGCCAUUAACAAUGCAUUUUGGAGUAACGAGAACCAGUCUGACUUGGUGGAGGCUGCCGGCUCUUUGUUCCGCCAUGCCCUGUCUGUCCUCAUGCCCAGUGGCUCCUCCACCCGCCAGCUUCCACCCAGUGUAGCGGCAAUUGGCCCUAAGAGCCGGGUCAUGUUCCCUCUUGGAAUGGGCCACGCCUCUGAAUACAUCCGCCACAGAGUAGCCCUAAUUGGGGAUGCUGCACACAGAGUACACCCUCUGGCAGGCCAAGGUGCCAAUCUAGGAUUUGGGGAUGUGGCUUGUUUGACACAGGUGCUAAGCCAAGCAGCAUUCAAUGGCAAAGACCUUGGUGAAAUGCAGCACCUGCUGGAGUAUGAAACUGAGCGGCAAAGGCACAAUCUGCCCAUGAUUACAGCCAUUGACCUCAUGAAGAGACUUUACUCCUCGAAUGCUGCCCCGCUGGUGCUGCUGAGAACGUUUGGCCUCCAGGCCACUAACGCACUGCCACCUCUGAAAGAGCAGAUUAUUGCGUAUGCCAGCAAGUAAAUGACUGUUGCACACAAAGGCUUUGUGGUUCAUGAUGGUAUAGGAAUUUUGUCUACAGUGUGUAUGUAAAAGUAUAAAUUAAUAAAUUCUAUUUUGAAUCAUA